AAAACAGCGCGGAACAAUACGUUUACAUACGUCACGCACGACAGAACGAGCUGCUGUUCUCUUACCUCCCUUUGAAGGAAGGCGGCGCAGGAAAAUUAGCCUGGCGUUGCAAAUUUGGUGAAAAUGGCACAAUCCCUAUUUGAUUCGCUUUCAGGUAACAUGUCAAAUAUUGAGAACCAGUCUGCUAUACAGUCAAUACUUGACAAUCAGACCGUGAUAGAAACACAUACACCUCAAAUUGAAGAUGAGGAUGUGUUUCAAUGUGGUAAAUGCAAGAAACAGUUCACCAACUUGAGUUUUUUUGUUGCACAUAAGCAAGUACGAUGUACGCCUAUAGCUCCUCGCCCCACCAUACAGAAUACAACAGUAAUACAAGGUCUAGGAAACAGUGCAUUCACAGCACCUGCUCAACAACAUGGUAUCAGACCACAAAUACCUCAGAAUUCAAGUUCAGGUUUCAACACUGUGAAUCAGACACCAAAUUUGAACCAAUCAACAAACAGUAUGGUGUUGACAGAUGAUCAGAUGUUAACAUUUAGUGAUAUCACUCAGACUGUACAGAAUGGCAUUAUACAGGGAUCUACACUACAUCUGGGACCAGGAAAUACUGUACAGACAAAUGGCUCAUUCCUGUCCCCAGUGACCCAGCUAGCACCGCGGGCUUCAAACAAUGUCACCAUCUUGAGUGCUAUACAACCAACCACCUCCUUGUCAGCGUCCAACGGGUCGGCCUUCACCAGCACAGCCUCUGUCAACAAUCUGCAGCCUCUAGUACCUCAACAACAACAACAGUUACAACAACAACAACAGUUUCAACAACAACAAUUACAACAACAACAACAAUUACAACCUGUGUACUCAAUAACAGCUCUACCAGAGAAACCACAAAAUAUGCACAUUAUUAAACCUAGUCCGACCAAAGCUGCAAGAAAAUCUGCACAAGCAUCAGCAUUGAAUGGUGGCGAGACAGACCACUCUGGUUACACUGAUGACGGCAAGAAAAAACUUGUAUGUACAUACUGCGGGAAAGUUUUCAUGAAAAAUUUUGAUCUUCAACAACAUAUCAGGUCACACACGGGUGAAAAACCAUUCCAGUGUGUUGUAUGUGGUCGAGCAUUUGCUCAGAAAUCCAAUGUGAAAAAACAUAUGGCAACACAUAAGGUGUGGCCAUCAGGACCAUCAGGUGGUACAUUACCUGUACAACCACCAGCAAUGUUAGUACCUGUAGAAGAUGAACCAGAUAAAUCAUCUCCUACAGAAUCUGGUGAUGCCCCAGAGAUAGAAAAACAGAUUGAGGAAGAAAAAGAAACCCAAGACACUAAAACUACAGAAAAGGAGAGGAGGUUAUUGAAGAAAGAGCAGUACAAGUUAAAAGUUGUCAUAGAUAAUUCCUACAUGUGUCAGUAUUGUCCAGAGAAAUUCAAGUCUUAUUAUCAGCUCAAAUCUCACAUGGUCAAACAUAAAGGCUUCCAGGUAUACAAGUGUGUGGUAGCAGAAUGUGGACAAACGUUCAAGGACAUGGAAACGUAUAUAGAGCACACAGCAACCCACAAUGAAGAUAUCACCUACAGAUGUCACCAGUGCUCGAAAAUAUUCCCCACCCUGUAUGAACUAGGGGUACAUCAGUAUUCCCACAGUCUGUACCAGAAUCCAGGCAAGUCAGGGCCUUGGGUUCUCCAUAAUACAAAAAUACCAACAAGAAAUUUAAUGCAAACUGAUGGUACGAAAUUUUAUGCUUGUCAGUGGGAUAAAAUGGGGAAAAACAUAUGUUGUGACAGCUGGCAUUUUCAGUGUAACAUGUGUAUGAGUAAAUACGCUACACCAGAAGCCUUACAACAUCAUAUGAGUACAACCAGUCAUGAAUAUCCGUGCCCACAUUGCCAGAAAAAUUUCACGUGCGAACGGUUCCUCAGGAAACAUCUGGCAUCACACGGAACUGAAAAUCAAUAUGAAUGCAGUGUAUGUCAGAAGAAUUUAAAGACAGAACACUACCUCAAAAAUCAUAUGUUGAUCCAUACUGGAGAGAAACCUUAUGAGUGUGAAACUUGUGGUGCUGCGUUCAAUCGUAAAGAUAAACUAAAGCGGCAUAAUCUGAUACAUGACGCUAAAGUGAAAUACAAGUGUCCUUUUAAGGCAGUCUGUGGCUGUACUAAGGAGUUUGGACGACCUGACAAACUGAAGGCUCAUUUGAUAACCCAUAGUUCAGUAAAACCUUACUCGUGUGAUAUUUGUGGGAAAGAUUUUGCUCGGAAACCUCAUUACACUGAACAUAUGAGAGGACAUAGAAAUGACUAUCCUUAUAACUGUGAUAAAUGUAAACGUGGAUUCUUCCGACCGAAGCUGUUCAAAGAACAUAAGUGUGAAGAUGCAAAUGGCCAGUUGAAAAAGAAAAGGUUAUUUCAGCCCAGAAGAGUUAAAAGAAAACCUGGACGACCUAGAAAGGUAUUGAAAAAUGACCCAAAAGAUACUAAAGGGACAAAAAGCUUAUAUUUAGACCACCCAAAAGGAAAGUUUUUAAUAGAAAAACUUGAAAUUAUGCCAAAAAGUGGAGGAAAGCAAGAUUCUGGUGAUAAGGAAUCUAGUUCUCAACAGGAAUUUGAUGCAGAAAAUGACAAUACUGAAAAUUCCAGUAAUAUAAGUGAAGAGCAGACGGAGGUUUCUGUAGGGACACAAGAUGAUAUUGCUAGCAUGGAAACAGAGCAAGAUAACAGUGAGAAUAGAUCUGAAGAUAGUCCAGACAUUGUUAAUGAAACUGACAAUUCAAAGGUUGUGAAGAAACCUAAGCCCGAGUGUUAUGUUAAAAUAUCACCAACUAUGGUUCCACGAAUGGUUGAGCGUUACGUUACUGUUCAAUUGACGACAGCAAAUGGCGGAGACGGUGGUGAGAUUCAGGCUCAACUCAUUCCAGCAUCAGAACUUAACGGUCAGAUACAGUUUGCGACAUCCGUUCCCGGUCUUCAGCUGUCACCAUCAACAUCAACAGCCACUUUUCAUCCUAUUCAAAUUAUUGAAGGUCAACCUGUGACCUUGACUGUGUCCCAAGGUGAUCAUUUAGGUGAUAUAGGUGUAGGAGAAUCAAGUGUUAUAGACAUUCCAGUGGACAUAGUGACCGUUUCCAAUGACGAAGCUCUACUCUGCGCUCAGGAGGUGACAAAUGAUGGUGAUGCCUCAGAACAGCAGUAUAGCACCCUCGUUAAUUAUACACCAGAUCACCUUAUCAACACAUCUGUUGAAAUUUUGGGAUCAGAAAAUAUGUAACUUUAUUACAGAUACAUCCAGCUAGCUUACAGAAUGUUGGUGGUUCUAUUCAGGUGCCUGUUUGUGCCUGAAAUAAUGUACAAGGGGCACCUGAGGAUUUCCUCCACCAGUAAAGCUGAAAAAUGAGCAUAUAAACAUAACAGCAUUGGUGUGAUAUAGAACCCAAUCAAAAAAAUUGUUUUUUAAUAUCAAAAUAUUUUCAGUACCUAUAUCUUAACCUUUAAACGAAUUCAUUAAAAGAUGCAAAGGUAAAUUAGCUGUGUGUUUCUUUUACAAUGAACAUGUUUAUAAAUGACUUAAACAAUCUUACAAUAUAUUUCAUAUCCAUGUAAGAAUGUCAUGAAAUUGUGAUUUCAUCUUCAUGCACUCAGAAAUUUUAUUUCUUAUAUUGUUAGCAAGAGUUAAAGCAGAAGAAAUGUGAUGUUGAUGUUGGCAGUUUAAAUAAAUACUUGUAACUAAAUAAAGAAUAUUUAAUGAACAGGUUGGCAUUAAAAACUUACAGCGUUUGUACUG